UACCUCUCAGAAUCUCACCACUUCCACUUCAUUCUUUCUUGUCAGGUGUUCUAGACCGUAUCUUGCUCUGUUAUUUUUUGUUUGGCUCAGUCCCUUUCUCUGUGUUUUUCCUAUAUUUUUGAGCUGUACAAUCUCCUGACCUCCAGUGUAUUUGAUGCUGAUGCCAAUUGUCAGAGGUUCACAGUUCCCAUCAGGACUGAACCCUCUCUUGCUAUUUUUGUUGUAUUCCUCUAACUUCUGUAUUCCUGCCACCUCCUAUCUGGGGACGGGCAAUGGACACCAAUAGCAGUGACACUGAAUCCCUUCUGCCCACACCCCCUCCAAAUGAUGAUGAUGAUGGUGAUGAUGAUGAUGAUGAAGACGAAGAUGCUUUUCAGGUCAUUGCAAGGCUGACACCCUCUCCAGACUCAAUUUCCUGGGAGCAGCGCAGCACCAAGAUGAAGAUUAUCCAUGUGGCGGACAGAAUUUUUCUGACGUUUCUUGCCAUUUUUUUACUGAUUAUAAUGGGUGAGGUGUGUUUCUACCUGUACCACAUAGUGCCCUGGGCAGCAAUGUUCCAGGCAAUAAAAGAUCAGUUUCUGAUGCAGGAGGAGGGAGAAGAAGACCUAGAACUUUAAGAUCCCAAUCGUCAUUGUCACAUUACAGCACAAUAUGGAAUCCUGUUACACCCAUCUAGAGGAAAUGUUCUGCAAGAAGUUUGGAUUCGUGUUCCAGGGACAAGAGUUGCAUUCGGCCUCAUCAUCCUACUUCUCUAGGCUGGAGCCUAAAAAGCUGCAGAUGUCUUUACAUGGAUCUUAUCCAAAACAAUUAACUUGUCCAUUGUGUGUCCCCCCUACCGAGAUGUUGGAGGCUCUGGUGGUCACCAUUCCUAAAGCAGAUAAGAUGGAGACUCGUUGGCUGAGGAGAUGUGCGGCUCUUCUCCUCAUCACUGUCCUCAUCAGUGCAGUGUUUGCUCAGAAUUCACACCAUGGACACGGGCACAGCCAUGGUCACCACGGACACAGCCACGAAGGUCACCACGGACACAGCCACGAAGGUCACCAUGGACACAGCCACGAAGGUCACCAUGGAAACGGCCACCAUGGACACAGCCACGAAGGUCACCAUGGACACAGCCACGAAGAUCUCCACCAUGGUCAUGAACACGGUCACGAUGAUUUUCAAGAAUUUAAGAACCGCUGGACUAUGGGGGAUGCACCACCUCAGGGGGCCGAGGAGGAACGUGUCAAGAGAGAAGCUGUGAAGGACUCGCUACCGCCCCCUCCUUAUGAUUCCAGGGAGAAGAUGGACCCCGUUACACUAUGGACAUAUGCAAUAAGCGCCACGCUGCUGAUCUCUGCCGCUCCUUUCUUCAUCCUUUUCCUGAUCCCGGUGCAGUCCAACAGCAGCCAGCACCAAUCCCUGCUGAAGCUGCUGCUGAGCUUCGCCUCCGGGGGGCUCCUGGGAGACGCCUUUCUACAUCUCAUCCCCCAUGCACUUGAGCCGCACUCUCACCACCAACCUGAAGGGGACGCUCACGGACAUGGACACUCUCACGAUCACAGCCAUACUCACAUGAUGUGUGUGGGAUUGUGGGUUCUGGCAGGAAUCAUCGCUUUCCUUGUGGUUGAAAAGUUUGUGCGACACCUGAAGGGGGAGGCCGGCCACGGACACAGCCACGACCACGAGUCCAAACAAAGCUCAGUAAAGGAAAAGGAUGACAAACAAGACGGCAAAGAAGGAGUAAGACAGAGGAACAAGGAGACCAAUGCCAAGAGCGGCAAGUCGGGAAAAGAGAAGCAUCGCACAGACAUGACAGUUUCCGGGUACCUGAACCUCGCCGCUGACUUCACACACAACUUCACAGACGGUUUGGCCAUCGGAGCCUCUUUCUUGGUGAGCAGCAACGUCGGAAUCGUCACCACGAUCACCAUCCUGCUCCAUGAGGUGCCCCACGAGAUCGGAGACUUCGCUAUUCUGGUGCAAAGCGGCUGCACCAAGAAAAAGGCGAUGAUGUUACAGCUCAGUACAGCUCUUGGCGCUCUGGCGGGCACUGCCUGUUCUCUCCUGGCAGAGGGCAUCGGGGAGGCUGCCACCUUGUGGAUCCUCCCAUUCACUGCCGGUGGCUUCAUCUACAUUGCAACCGUCUCCGUCAUCCCCGAGCUCCUGAAGGAUUCCCGCCCCAGGCAGUCCAUCAUGGAGACCUUCGGCCUGCUCCUAGGAGUUGCCAUGAUGGUUCUGAUUGCACAUUUUGAAUAGAUCAUCUGUUACGUCAUGAAGCUAAGAUACAAGUCUUCUGGAAGGGUGGCCUAGUGCGUCCUGUCUGUACGGUGGCAGAUGUCAUGUGACUAUGGAGCCUUCUCUCACCCUGGACACUACAAUUAGAUAUUGUGGUCCACUUCAUUAUAAUUUUUAUGUUGGUCUUUUUUUUAAUUUUUGGACCAAACUGAAUUGUAAUCAUGAACAUCUCCCCUCCCCCUCUCGACACUGAUGCUUCCUGGUGUCUUCGCUAUUGGCUCAGUUUUGUGCGUUAUUUAUAUCCUUAGAAUGUUUAGGACAAUAGGUCAGAAUCCCUGUCUGCUCCUUAAAGGAGUCUAGAAUACCGUCGGUCCAUCUGGUCUGCCUUGUAAUUCCAUAUUUAAGGGAGAACUUGUGUAUCUAGGACAACAGCGCCCCCAGUGUCCACUAUGAGGGAUUAGAAGAGACGAGGUGAUGGGACAUUCGUACUGUUCCGUAGAGAAUUAGGGAUUAUAUGGGGGGGGGGGGUUGUAUUAUGAAAUUGCAUUAAACUUGAGUCCAACGCCAUCGCAAUGUUACACUGCCCGAUAGUCUAUUACUGUGUGAGGACAUACGGUCUUUUUUAAUCUUGACAUCAUGUAAGGGGCAGCGCCAUCUAGUGUCCAGGCUGAAUGGCUGCAGCUCUGCACCCCUGCCUGCUCUGACUUUGUAUCCAAGUGCUUUCUCUGGGCUGUCGGGAGCUUGAAUUUAGGGUCCUGGGAGAUUUUGUCUCCAUAUUAUUUUUUUAAGUAAUGAAAAUAAAAAACUGAAAAUCUGA